ACGUAAUAAAACAGCGGUUGAAGUAGCUUCGAAAUUGAGAGAGCUGUUUUUUGUUUUUGGUCCUCCACGUUUGUUGCAUAGCGAUAAUGGCAAAGAAUUUGUUGCUAAUGUCAUUAUUGAAUUGAAAUAGUUGUUUCCGGAAAUGUGUUUUGUACGAGGUCGUCCACGUCAUCCACAAUCACAAGGCUGCGUGGAACGAGCUAAUGGUAUUUUAACUGUUGCAUUGGGUAAAUGGAUGUCAACAAACAAUUCGGAUCGUUGGUCAGAAGGCCUUUUGUCGGUUGUUUAUGGAAUCAAUACAAGAAUAUCAAGUGUGACAAAAACAACACCAUUUGAAGUCAUGUUUGGACAACCACCGCGUUCGGAUUCAGAUUUUUGGAAAAUUGUUAAAGAACAUAAUGUUGAGGAUGAAGAUCAGUUACCAACAGCUGUUGCUGAAGCUGAUGAUGGAAGAGCUGUUGAUAUAACAAGUUGUACAUUAAAUUCAAAUGAAUUAGUUGAUGAUAUCGAUAGUGAUAUAAAUCUCCUUGUUAAAAAAUUAACAGAUGAUGCUGUUGAUACUGUUUGUAAUUCUGUUACUGAUUUAUCUUCUUCAAAUUCUCAUUCAGAUAUUUUAAUUUGCCAUCAUCGUCUAACUCUCUUGUUGGUUUACAAUCACCACUACGGUGCCAUACAAAAACGAGCAACAGAUAGUUAUUUGAAUAUUGCAAAUAAAAAACGGGAGGAGUAUGAUGCACAUUUAAAAACUAAAUCGGAAUUGUUAAAUAUUAAUGAUUGUGUUGGUGUAUCAAUUAAUACUGUUGAUCGAACGAAUACAGAUGCUAAACUUUUACCAUGUUUGAUAAUUUCAAAAGAAAAGAAAAAUGAUGAUAUAACGUUUAGAUUAGCUUGUAAAUUUGGUAAGUUACAAAAUUCAUACACAGUUGAAAGUUUAAUUGAUUUGAAAGAAGCCUGUCCUGCUGAUUUAAAGACAAUUGACGUUGAGGAACUUGAAGACAUUUCUUUUAUAGAAGCGUGUAAAUUAUAUGUUCGUAGUGCUGUAAAUGGAGUUACUUGUGAUUGUAAAUCACAAUGUGCUACUAAACAUUGUCCGUGCAAAAAAUCGAAUGUUGCGUGUUCAACGAAAUGCCAUUCGAAACGAGGACAAUGUAAAAAUAUGCAAUAG